UGGUGGCGCCGGGGGCGGCGGCGGCGGUGUGACGGCUGGGGCUGUGGUGGAGUGUGGUGCGGGUCGGGGAGCGCUGUGGGCCUGCUCCGCCGUCGCGGACCACCAUGGCCACUUCUCCCGGCGCCGGCGGCUGCUUGGGGGUUUCCUCGCCAAACUUCCCGGGCUUUGGCUUUGACUCCGGACUGGAGAUCAAAACUCGCUCGGUGGAGCAGACCCUCCUUCCGCUGGUGUCGCAGAUAACUACACUUAUUAAUCAUAAAGAUAAAACAAAACGGUCAGAUAAGACUUUGCAAGCAAUUCAACGAGUGGGACAAGCAGUCAACUUGGCAGUUGGAAGAUUUGUUACAGUAGGGGAAGCUAUAGCCAGUGAAAAUUGGGAUUUGAAAGAGGAAAUAAAUAUUGCUUGCUUGGAAGCAAAACAAGCAGGAGAAACAAUUGCAGAACUUACAGAUGUAACCAGCUUGAAUAAUGCAGAAUCUGAUGGGCAAAUAACAAUUUUUACAGACAAAACAGGAGUCAUAAAAGCUGCAAGGUUACUUCUUUCUUCUGUGACAAAAGUGCUAUUACUGGCAGAUCGAAUAGUUAUUAAACAAAUAAUAACUUCAAGAAACAAGGUCCUUGCAACUAUGGAACAACUGGAGAGUGUGAGGAGUUUUCAGGAGUUUGUGCAAAUAUUCAGUCAGUUUGGAAAUGAAAUGGUAGAGUUUGCACACCUAACUGGAGACAGACAAAAUGAUUUGAAAGAUGAAAAGAAAAAGGCAGAAAUGGCAGCAGCUCGGGCAGUUCUUGAGAAGUGUACUAUGAUGCUUCUCACAGCUUCAAAAACAUGUCUUAGGCAUCCUAAUUGUGAAUCAGCUCGUAAAAACAAAGGGGGAGUAUUUCACCGAAUGAAACUGGCUUUGGAACAAGUAAUUGAAAUUGUAACAGACUGUAGACCAAAUGGAGAGAAUGAAGUAUCAUCUAUCAGUGUAUAUGCUGGCAUAAAAGAACUUAAGAUGACCAUUGAAGCUCUUCGAGAGAAUCUUUAUUUUCAGUCUAAGGAAAAUCUUUCAACAAUGUUGAAACUUAUUUUGGAACAUACAGAGGAUUUUACUGAUUCUGCCUACACCAGCCAUGAGCACAGAGAACGUAUCUUGGAGCUAUCAAACCAAAUUAAAAUUGAAUUGCAGCACCUGAUUUCAGUAUGGAUGCAAGCACAAAGAAAGAAGACAAAGAACAUCAUGGAAGAUCUCGAACUAGCUAUAUUAAAAAUAAGCCAGAGUAUGCAUGAAUUUAAAAGAGAGCUUCACAGUGCAGCAACAUUGCUUGCAACAGAUCUUCUAAAGCACCAUGCGGAUCACAUGAUUUUGAAAGCAUUAAAAAUUACUGGAGUGGAAGGAAACUUAGAAGGUUUGGCAGAAUACACCUGUAAGCUAUCUGAACAGAAAGAACAGCUUAUUGAGACUUGUCGAUUGUUGAGACAUAUAUCGGGGACAGAACCCCUUGAAAUUACUUGUAUGCAUGCAGAGGAGACAUUUCAGGUUACUGGUCAACAGAUAAUUUCAGCUGCUGAAACUUUGACGUUACAUCCAUCCAGCAAGAUUGCUAAAGAAAAUCUGGAUGUGUUUUGUGAAGCUUGGGAGUCUCAGAUUAGUGACAUGUCAACAUUACUAAGAGAAAUAAAUGAUGUAUUUGAAGGAAAACGGGGAGAGAAGCGUGCCUACCUUUCACUUCCAAAGCCAGUGAAGAAUAAUGCAAACCUGAAGCCAUUUAAGCCAACCAAACUUGAUUCUGAGGAACAAGCAAAGAUAGCAAAACUUGGACUUAAGCUUCGUUUACUUACAUCAGAUGUAGACUGUGAAAUAGAAAAAUGGAAGAACCAGGAGAAUGAAAUUGUUCGACAUGGGCAGAACAUGUCCAGUAUGGCCUAUUCCAUAUACUUAUUUACUAGGGGGGAAGGGCUGUUGAAGAGUGCUCAGGAUUUAAUUUAUCAAGUAGAGGUUUUUGCUACAGAAGGUUUAAAACUUGCUUCAGUUCUCCAAGGUUUCUCAAAACAGCUGAAAGAUGAUGACAAGCUUUUACUUCUACUGGAAAUAAACAAGCUGAUGCCUCUGUGCCAGCAGCUCCAACUCACAGCUAAGACCCCCAUUCAGAAUAAAAUAUAUACAAAGGUUGACAAAUGUAUUCUAAAAACAAGAUUUGUCCUGGCUACAUUGGCCCAACUUCUCCCAGUUUGCUAUAAACUGAUGCAUAAGUGCAAAUCAGAAAAUGAUUGUAUAAAUUCUCUUCAACCCUGGAUGGAAAGCAGAUGGCAAACAGUUACAACUAAAGACAGCAUGGAUGAAAAAACCGUAGAAGCUUUUGCGGUCAGAUCUCUAGAACAUAACAUAGCAAACCUGACAUUUUUAGAAAGCAAAUAAUUGUCA